AUGGGAACCAGGUUUAGGGAAUGGGAACCAGGUGUGGGGAAUGGGAACCAGGUGUGGGGAAUGGGGAAACCAGGUGUGGGGAAUGGGAACCAGACUGGGCAUAGCACACAGGAUACCUGCUCCUCCAACUCCUACUUCACUGGCAUGUGUUGCUUUGGUUUCAUCUCAAGUCUAGAGGACAGCAGUGAGCAACUCAGACCCAAUGGUGGCAACGACCCGUCCAGCCCCAAUGGUGGCUAUGAUCCAUCUAGACCCAAUGGGGGUAUGACCCCAUCCAGGCCCAAUGGUAGGUAUGAUCCAUCUAAACCCAGCAGUGGCUACGAUCCAACACUGAAUGGCCACGGGGUUCCUAAUGGAAAUGGACAAAGGCCAGACUUAGGCACAGCGACUCUGAACCAGACGAUAAACGUCUGUACGCAGCUGCCCAACCUGUGUCGGCACAGUCGCUGCAUUCUCGUGGGCUCUAGCUACCGCUGCGAGUGCAAUAACGGCUACACCCUGGACACUCGCCAAGAAUGUGCAGACGUGAACGAGUGCGUGGUCUUCCCAGGUGUGUGUCCCAAUGGGUACUGUGUAAACACCAAGGGCUCCUUCAAGUGCCAGUGUCCUGAUGGUCUCACACUGGACUCCAGUGGCCGAGUGUGUGUGGACAUAGACGAGUGUGAGCGGGAACCGUCCCUGUGUCGUGGGGGGUCUUGUGAGAACACAGAGGGCAGCUACGAGUGUGUUUGCCCCCAGGGACACCAGCUCACUGUGGACGGGGCAGCGUGCGAGGAUUACAACGAGUGCGAGCAGAGCGUCAGCCUGUGUCGGAACGGCCAGUGUGUGAAUGUGGCCGGUACCUACCACUGCUCAUGUGACUCUGGUUACCAAGCAACUCCUGACAGACAGAGCUGCAUAGAUAUUGAUGAGUGUACCAUUGAGAAUGGCGGCUGUGACCUGCACUGCACCAACUCAGAGGGGAGUUAUACAGUAUAUAAUAAUGGCUAUGCACUGAUGACAGAUAUAAGCUGUUCAGAUGUGGAUGAGUGUGAGCAGGAGCCUGAGAUAUGUGACGGAGGACAGUGCACUAACAUCCCAGGGGAGUACCACUGUCUGUGCUACGACGGCUUUAUGGCUGCCCUGAACAUGAGGCUCUGCAUAGAUGUGAAUGAGUGUGACCUGAACGCCAACAUCUGUAUGCACGGCGAGUGCGAGAACACCAAGGGAUCGUUCAUCUGCCACUGUCAGCCUGGCUACUCAGUCAAGAAGGGAACUUCUGGAUGUACAGACAUGGAUGAGUGUGAGAUCGGGGCUCACAACUGUCACGUCAACGCCAACUGUAUCAACACCCCUGGGGCCUUCCACUGUUCCUGUCGUGUCGGCUGGGCGGGAAACGGAGUCAACUGUAUAGAUAUGGAUGAGUGCAUCAAUGGGACAAGCCACUGCAGUGCCAACGCCAAGUGUCUGAACACGCCCGGCUCCUACCGCUGCGCCUGCGCUGAGGGCUUCACUGGAGACGGCUUCACCUGUUCAGACGAGGAUGAGUGUGCAGAGAACGUGAAUCUGUGUGAGAAUGGCCAGUGUCUCAACACCCCGGGGGGUUACCGCUGUGAGUGUGAGAUGGGCUUCACCCCUGCCCCGGACAGACGCACCUGCCAAGAUAUUGACGAGUGUACCUUCCAGAAUAUCUGUGUGUUUGGCACGUGUAAGAACAUCCCCGGCAUGUUCCGCUGUAUCUGUAACGACGGCUAUGAGCUGGACCGCUCCGGAGGCAACUGUACAGAUGUGGACGAGUGCCAGGACCCCAUCAACUGUGUGAACGGGCUGUGUGUGAACAUCGACGGCUCCUACGAGUGUAACUGUCCUCCGGACUUUGAACUCAACCCUACAGGGGUGGGAUGUGUAGACACACGUGUGGGGAACUGUUUCCUGGAGCAUGGACCCAGGGGUGACAGGCGGUCCUGCAGUGUGGAGGUGGGAGUGGGAGUCAGCCGCUCCUCCUGCUGCUGCUCCCUGGGGCGUGCCUGGGGAAACCCCUGUGAACUCUGCUCUGCUCCCAACACCACGGACUAUAGUACACUCUGCCCCGGAGGAGAGGGUUUCAGGCCCAACCCAGUCACCAUCAUACUAGAAGACAUAGAUGAGUGUUUGGAGCUGCCAGGCCUGUGUCAGGGAGGAAACUGUGUCAACACGUUUGGCAGCUUCUCGUGUGACUGUCCUCCUGGCUACUACCUCAAUAUAGACAGUCGCAUCUGUGAAGACAUUGACGAGUGUUUGGUGAAUCCUGUAAUCUGCGGUCCUGGCACCUGCUACAACACACUGGGGAACUACACCUGUGUGUGUCCACAGGAUUACAUGCAGAUCAACGGGGGAAACAACUGCAUGGACAUGAGAAAGAGCCUGUGCUACAGGAACUUCAACGGCACAACGUGUGAGAACGAGCUGCCCUUCAACCUCACCCACAAGAUCUGCUGCUGUGCCUACAACGUGGGCAAGGCCUGGAACAAGCCCUGCGAAGCCUGCCCAACCCCCGGCACUGGUGACUAUAAGACACUUUGUGGAAACAUCAUCCCUGGCUUCAAACUGGAUAUUGAAACUGGGAAAGCAGUGGAUAUUAAUGAGUGCAGAGAAAUUCCAGGUAUCUGUGCUAGCGGGGUCUGUAUCAACCAGAUAGGGAGCUUCCGCUGCGAGUGUCCCACAGGCUUCAACUACAACGACCUGCUGAUCAUCUGUGAAGACAUCGAUGAAUGUAGCAGUGUGGAGAACCUGUGCCAGAGGAACGCUGACUGUAUCAACAGCCCUGGGAGCUACCGCUGUGAAUGCUCAGAGGGCUUCAAUCUCUCCCCCAUAGGAGCCUGCAUCGACCGCAACGAGUGUCUGGAGAUCACCAACGUGUGUAGCCAUGGCGAGUGUGUGGACAUCCAGGGGGGUUACGAGUGCAGGUGCCACCACGGCUUCAAGGCUACGCCCAACCGCAAGAUGUGCACGGAUGUUGAUGAGUGCGACCGGUUGCCUUGUCGCAACGGAACCUGCAAGAACACAGUGGGCUCCUUCAACUGUCUGUGCCACACCGGGUUUGAGUUCUCACACCACAACGACUGCAUGGAUAUUGAUGAGUGUCAGACAUCCUUUGGCACGCUGUGCAGGAAAGGCCAGUGUAUCAACAGUGUGGGCUCCUUCCAAUGUCUGUGUGAGGAGGGCUACAAGCUAACCCCUGAUGCCAAGAAUUGUAUGGAUGUGAACGAGUGUAAUCUUCCCGGGACCUGCACUCCUGGAACCUGCCAGAACCUGGACGGCACCUUCCGUUGUCUCUCCCCGGGCUACAUAGUCCAGAACGAGCAUUGUAUAGACGUCAACGAGUGUGAAGAAGACCCUAACAUCUGCCUGUUUGGCUCCUGCUUCAACAGCCCGGGCAGUUUCCAGUGUGUGUGCAGGCCUGGCUUCAUCCUGUCUGAUAACAGUCGCAGGUGUUACGACACCAGAGAGAGUUACUGCUUCACCCGCUUUGAGAACGGCAAGUGUUCGGUGCCUCAGGCCUUCAACACCAGCAAGGCAAAGUGUUGCUGCAGCACCAUGCCCAAGGAGGGCUGGGGAGACCCCUGUGAACUUUGUCCCAAGAAGCAGGACGUGGCGUUCCAGCACCUGUGUCCCUUCGGCCAUGGCAUAAUCCCUGGGACUGGAGACACACGCAUAGACUUGAAUGAGUGUGUGGAGAACCCAGGCAUCUGUAACAACGGACACUGCAUCAACACAGACGGCUCCUUCCGCUGCGAGUGUCCAAUAGGCUACACUCUCAACUACACUGGGGUACACUGUAUUGAUGUUGACGAGUGUUUGGUGGGGAACCUAUGUGGCAACGGGACGUGCUCUAACGUGAUUGGAGGGUUCGAGUGUAACUGUGAGGAGGGCUUUGAGCCAGGCCCCAUGAUGACCUGUGAAGACGUCAACGAGUGUGCAAUCAGCCCCCUACUGUGUGCAUUCCGCUGCGUCAACACCUUCGGAGGAUACGAGUGUAUGUGUCCCGGUGGCUACACUCUGAGAGAGAACCAGAGGAUGUGCCAGGAUCUGGAUGAGUGUUCCGAGGGGCUCCACGACUGUGAGUCCAGAGGCAUGACCUGCAAGAACCUCAUCGGCACCUUCAUGUGUGUGUGCCCCCCGGGGAUGGUGCGGCGCCUGGACAACGAAGUGUGCGAGGAUGAGAAUGAGUGUCGUAGCAAGCCGGGGAUCUGUGAGAAUGGUCGUUGUAUCAACACGAUAGGCAGCUACACAUGUGAGUGUGGAGGCGGAUAUGAGUCUGACUCUACACGGACACAGUGUCUCGACUACAGGGAGGGCUUCUGCUUUACCGAGGUGCUCAUGACUAUGUGCCAGAUGUCUUCCAGCAGCCGGACCCCCACCACCAAGUCCCAGUGCUGCUGUGACGGAGGCCGUGGCUGGGGUAACCAGUGUGAGCUCUGUCCCCUGGCUGGCACGGCAGGCUACAGGAAGCUCUGUCCCCACGGCCCGGGAUACGCCACCGACGGCAUGGAUAUAGACGAGUGUAAGGUAAUCCCUGACACGUGUAAGAAUGGACGCUGCAUCAACACCAUGGGAUCCUACCGCUGCCACUGCAAACUGGGCUACACCUCCACCAUCACUGGAACGGCCUGCGUGGAUCUGGAUGAGUGUGUCAUGUCCCCUAAGCCGUGUAAUUUCAUCUGUAAGAACACCGAGGGAAGUUACACUUGCUCCUGUCCCCGUGGUUACGUGCUCCAAGAGGACGGCAGGACCUGCAAAGAUUUGGACGAGUGCCAGACCAAGAGGCACAACUGUCAGUUCAUGUGUGUCAACACCGUGGGCGGAUUCACCUGCAAGUGUCCCCCUGGCUUCACCCAGCACCACACUGCAUGCAUAGAUAAUAAUGAGUGUGUCGGGGAACCCUCCCUGUGUGGCACCAAGGGCAUCUGUCAGAACUCCCCUGGUAGCUUCAACUGUGCGUGCCAGCGGGGUUACGAACUGGACGACACCGGACUGCACUGUGAUGACGUGAACGAGUGUGACAGUAACGACAGGUGCCAACAUGGCUGCCAGAACAUGCUGGGCGGCUACCGUUGUAACUGCCCUCAGGGCUACACACAGCACUACCAGUGGAACCAGUGUGUGGAUGAGAACGAGUGCUCCAACCCGGGCAGCUGUGGAUCGGCCUCCUGUUACAACACGCUAGGCAGCUUCAAGUGUGCCUGUCCCUCAGGCUACAGCUUCGACUCGUUCAGCAGCAGCUGUCAGGAUGUCAACGAGUGCUCCAACAAGAACCCCUGUAGCUACGGCUGCUCCAACACAGAGGGAGGCUACCUGUGUGGUUGCCCGCUGGGCUAUUUUCGCAUGGGCCAAGGUCACUGUGUGUCAGGCUUGGGCUUUGGGAAGGGCCAGUUUGAGGGGCCAGAGAUAGAAGACAACACCCUCUCCCCAGAGACCUGCUACGAGUGUAAGAUCAACGACUACCCCAAGAAGCACGGCCGCAAGAGGCGCGACGCCAAUGGAACGCAACCCAUAGAGCACAACCAGGUGAGCCUAGCCAGUCUGGACAUGGAAGUUCCUGUCACCCUGCUGCUCAACGUGUCCCAGCUCAACCCCAAGGAGCACAUCCUGGAGCUGGUGCCCGCCAUCAAGCCCUUGGUGGGCCACGUGCACUACGUCAUCACCAGUGGCAACCGCAAAGGCCUGUUCCGCAUCCAGCAGCGUGACGGCCUCUGCUACCUACACAGCACCAAGAGGAAGGGGGCACUGGCGGCACCGCAGGAUCACACGCUGGUGAUCGCCAGCUUGCCGCUCUACGGCAAAGCCCAGUUCAAAGAGCUGGAGGACCGCCGGGACCAAGACUACCUUACGGGGGAACUGGGGGAGAACCUGCGCAUGAGGCUGCACAUCCGACUGCAAUAGCUGGAGUGGGAUUUGGGGAAACACAGGGAAACAACCCUUGUUUUCCCUUCAAACUGGUGUUUUUCAGUUCACCAUUUUAAAGCCAAAUGAUAUGUGGAAGGAAAGUGUUUUUCUUCUUCUUCUUGUUUGCAUUUUUUUCUUGUUUGCGUUUUUGACCUCAAAGUACUGUCCAGAAUCUCUCUCGGGCAGCCCAAUUCAAAAAAAUAAUAAUACACUUUCACUGAUUCGUUUUUCAGUGGAAAAUAUAUCAGAAUUGGGCUGCCUGUGUAAACACAGCCUAGGAAAAGAGAGUAACUCAAAGCAUGAACAUGAGACUUUACACCUUUCACAGGUUCUCCCUCGCUGUGAGUGACCUCAUGCCAUGACCAUGUUCACGAGUGGAAGACCAAGAGCAAGACAUGAUGUUCAAAUUACCUGGACAGUUUAGUUGGUCAGUUCAUGGUAAGGAAAUAGCAUGUGAUGUUCUGGCGAUAGGCACGUUUCUGAAAGUACACACAACUAGUACAUCUGCAGCAUGGUGGGUUGCUACAAUACAGUUGACCAUUUGACAGAGGUCAGCUUGGUUCAUUUAGUGACUAGACACACUCUUGGUGAAUUCCUAGUUGACUGCUGUAGAGCUGCCACAGUCCCAUAUUCAUUUUGUAGUGGUCCGACAGACUAUUGCAGCUCUGUGACUGUGAACUAGUGAAUUGAGCAUUACAGGGCAUAGCAUCCUCCUGGAAGAGUUUGUAUUCCAGGCCUAUUGGUCGUGGUAGAACAUUGUCAAUAUGGGAUUUGGUGCCUUCGAAAAGGGAAACUGAUAUUUUAGGACACAACAUGGAAUCACAUCAUUAUAAAGAAUAAUAGUAAUUAAAAAUAAAAAUUGUAUUCUUACAUAUGUACAUAUUAACAAUCAGUAUUUCAAUUAUUGUGAACUGAUUUUUUUUGUAUUUAUUUUAGUAUUUAAUACAAAGUUGUACACUAUUGGUCAAAUUCACAUCUAAUAAAAUGACACACACAAAAAAGUGUAAUUUACAUUUUUACACACCCUCAAUGUGUAUUACAGAAACACACAUCAGUUGUUAGAAACACACAUUUUGUAUAAUAUACAGGAGUUUGUAUGUUCAUAUUGCACAAUUACCUCAACUAUUAGUCUCUACAGAUAAGGCUAUGUGACCAAUGAAAGCAUGUAUCAAUCCAAUUUCUUAAAUCAGUUGUUAAAGGAUAUGGGUUUAAUAGAAUUUUGUUUAUGUUGAAUGAAAAUUGAUCAUGGAAGUCAUUGAGAAAGAGGUGGGCGCUAUCCCACUUAGGGAGAUGCUUCACUCAUUGAAACGUUUGACCAAAGAGAAGUGUGUUUCAGUAAUAAAUAUGAAGCUGUCUGGAGGUGUAAUGUACGGUCAUAUGUAAUCAAGGACUGUAGAUGUGGUGAACACCUUGUUUUGCUUUUUGCUUUGUCUACCAUUUAAAAGCUUUUAUUUCAUUUCUCCCGUGGCAUCAGUUCUCAAAAAUGUAAGUCACAUUUAGUUGGAGGAUUUCUAUACUCGCUAAGAAGCAAUAGCAAGUAGCCCGCAGAAACCAGGACAUUUAUUUUCUUGUCAUUUUGUUUACAUGUUUAAAUAUAUCUACACAGAGUAAACUAACAGGGGUACAGUCAAUAAUGUAUAUAAACACUAGAUCACCCACAGGGGGUGUUGUUUUGAAGCCACUGCGCCACCAUCUUUGUUCUCCACCAUUGUUUUUAUUGCAGACACCUUAUCAAAUACUUUUUACAUUAUAUUAUGUGAACUGAACUAACCCGUAAAGUAUACUUUUAUGAAAGUUCUGCUACUGUUCCCGCUACAACAAAGAAAUAGUUAGAUCCAUGUAAUUUUAUUCUUUUAAUAUUCCAUUCAUUCAUAUUUUUAGAAUAAUAUUUUUUUUUUUUUUUUUUUUAAAGAGGGUUAUUUCGGCUGUCCCCAUAGGAACCAAAAAGGGUUCUUCAAAUGGUUAUCCUAUGGGGACAGCCGAAGAACCCUUUUCGGUUCAGAACUUUUUUUUCUCUCCUAAGAGUACCAAUAUGGUGGCAAUGGCUUCAGAGCCUCUCAUUGGCCAAUACAUAGCAUCAGCAAUCUAGUAUUUAUAUACAUCAUUGGGUACAAUGACUCAAAAAUUAACUUAGAAUUUCCUAUAAAUACCUAAACAUAAAUAUAGUAUAAUAAAUGUACUUGAAAAUGGAAACAUUUAAAAAAUACUGUACAUGAAUGUCCUUUGAGAGAUCAACAUUUGACAAUCUUACACAAACAUGCAAUAGCCUUUUGUUCUACAGUUUUUUUUUUUUGGUGGCGAUGUCCUACUAACAAUGUGUAAUACAUUUACGUAAUGAUGCUACAUCAACAGUCAGUAGGAGUAUUGCUACUAGUAUUAUAAAUGCUCCCUACUUAGGAUGUUGUUAACGAAACCAUUAGACAAUAUAGAGGUACUGUAGCGAUGUCCAACUGGUGCUCAAUGAUGGCAGUACUGUAUACGCAGACAUUUUCAGAAAUUACAAACUUACUGCAUCGACGCGAAGACUGAACAUUCAUGUCAAAACAAAUGUUUAACAGUCGGUUUGUUGUUGUAUUUUUGAACUCUUGAACUGAACGUAUUUUUUGUGUUACAUGUUACCAGUUGCUCACAAAUAGAUAUGUUUGAAUCUUUGUACUGAUGUCCAGUUUUAUUCAUUGUAAAUCUUUUUACAGUAAAAGGCGUUGUUUUUGA